AUGAAGGGUGGUAAGGUAGUGUCUUGUGGAUCUAGACAGUUAAAGAUUCAGGAGCUUAACUAUUCCACUCAUGACUCGGAGUUGGCAGCUGUUGUCUUUACUUUGAAAAGCUGUAGGCAUUAUUUGUAUGGUGAAAGAUUCAAGGUGUUCUCAGAUCACAAAAGUCUCAAGUACCUUUUCUUUCAGAUGAACUUGAAUAACGGACAAAGGCGAUGGGUUGAGUAUUUGGAAGAUUAUGAUUUUAAUUUGCAGUAUCAUCCGGGUAAGGCGAAUAUGGUAGCAAAUGCCUUAAGCCAGAAAUCUCAUGGAGUUUUGGCUGGCCUAGCCAUUCAGAAAUGGAAGAUGUUAGAAGAUCUGGCAGAGAUGGGAUUACAGUGUUAUGAUGAUAGUGUUGGUUGUGGGGACACAGUAAAGGAUUGGACCUUACACACGGAUGGUGGUUUAUGGUUCAGAGGUUUGCUUGUGGUUCCUACGAUUUGUCAGAAGGAUGUGUUACGGGAGUUUCACACUUCUCGUUUUACUGUGCAUCCAGGUGGUAAAGGUAGCGCAUCAGAGACUUGCAGGUUUGUUGCAGCCAUUGCCAGUAGCACAGUGAAAAUGGGAGUGUAUUGCUAUGGAUUUUGUGACAGGACUUCUGAGGUCACAGAGGGGGAAUGA